GCAGCCCCGGCGAACGGGCGGCUACCGCGGAGUACAAACUUCAGCCCCCCCCGCCCGCCCCUCGCCUCCCCCGGUGCGGAGCAGCGCGGGGUGCGGGCCGAGCGCGGCGGCCCCAUGCCGCCCGGCGGGCCGGGGCCAGCGCCGGGGGCAUCCCCCGGUGACAUCCCCCGGAGCCCCGGCCGCUUUCCCCCGCGCCGUGCCCGCAGGAGGAGCCGCGCUCUCCGCCCCAGGAGGAUCGCGGCGAGCCUCCUGGCAGGCAGGUGAUCUGCCUCCUGCCAUUUCUGGUUACCCUUCUUCCCACCUCCCCCGCCUUUCUUCCCCCCCGGCUGGACAACUCCCUCCUUUGGAGAACACGCCCAAGUAGCUGAAGAAGAGAGAAAGGGAGGAAAAAAAAAAAAAAAGAAAAAAGGAGAGAGAGAGGGAGAGAGGGAGAUAGUUAACACUGAAGCUGGGGGGAGCGCCCGGAGCCGGCGGCGCUCAGGAGGACCCGCAGCCCCAUCCACUGCCAGCAAUAACGUGCGACGUGUGACAGGCACAGGGGUCGGGGCGACAGGGCCAGGCCGGCGGAGCGGGCCAUGGUGAGUGGCGGCGGGGGCCGGCCCCGGUGCGGGGCGGUGCGGGGGCUGCCCCGCUCGGCCCCGCUGCCCUGAGCGCGGCGGCAGCGCCGGCAGCGGCCCCGCGCCCCAGCGCGGCCGGCACCGAUUCGCAUGUGGGGCUGAGACACGGCAAGCAAGGAAUAUGAACAGGAAAACAAGGCGCUGGAUCUUCCACAUCUUCCUGAGCCUGGGGAUUGUGUAUAUCAAGAUCGGGGGUUUUUCCUCUGUGGUGGCCCUGGGAGCCAGCAUCAUCUGUAACAAGAUCCCGGGUCUUGCCCCCCGGCAGCGGGCGAUCUGCCAGAGCAGGCCUGACGCUAUUAUCGUCAUCGGGGAAGGGUCCCAGAUGGGCAUCAACGAGUGCCAGUUCCAGUUUCGCAACGGGCGCUGGAACUGCUCUGCCCUGGGAGAGAGGACCGUCUUCGGGAAGGAGCUGAAAGUGGGUAGCAGAGAAGCAGCGUUCACGUAUGCCAUCAUCGCUGCCGGAGUCGCACAUGCCAUCACGGCUGCCUGUACACAGGGCAACCUGAGUGACUGCGGCUGUGACAAGGAAAAACAAGGACAGUACCACAAAGAGGAAGGAUGGAAAUGGGGAGGCUGCUCCGCUGACAUCAGAUACGGAAUAGGAUUCGCCAAAGUGUUCGUGGACGCCCGGGAGAUUAAGCAAAAUGCAAGGACGCUCAUGAACCUGCACAACAACGAGGCCGGGCGGAAGAUUCUGGAAGAAAACAUGAAGUUAGAGUGCAAGUGCCACGGGGUCUCGGGAUCCUGUACCACUAAAACGUGCUGGACAACCCUGCCUAAAUUCCGGGAGCUGGGCUACAUCCUUAAGGACAAAUACAACGAAGCCGUUCAAGUCGAACCGGUGAGAGCGAGUCGUAACAAGCGUCCAACCUUCCUCAAAAUAAAGAAGCCGCUUUCCUAUCGCAAACCCAUGGAUACAGAUUUAGUGUACAUAGAAAAAUCCCCCAAUUAUUGUGAAGAAGACCCUGUCACCGGCAGCGUGGGAACGCAGGGAAGGAUGUGCAACAAGACAGCCCAGCAGUCCAACGGCUGCGACCUGAUGUGCUGCGGCCGAGGUUACAACACGCACCAGUACUCGCGAGUGUGGCAGUGCAACUGCAAAUUUCAUUGGUGCUGCUAUGUGAAAUGCAACACGUGCAGUGAAAGAACAGAAGUAUAUACCUGUAAGUGAGGAGGUGGCUGGGCAGGGUGACACGUCCCUGGCCAGGAAUACAUUUGCACAUGCACUCGACGUACCUACGCCGGACUGUAGGAAAGACCUGCUCUCCCAGAAGAAAUGCUGAUGAGCGGAGCCCUCUCUCGUCUUCUCGUGUUUCACCGCCCGCGUGGAUCCCCAUUUCAGACUCUUAACGAAAAUCAGCCAACAAACAAAAACAAACAAACCCCACCCCGAGCCGCCUGACACCCAAAAAAAAAAAACGGAGAGAAAAAGAUCAUCUGGGCUAAUCCGCGCCUCUAAAGCAAGAAGCACUGCCUGCCUUGUGAAGCGCCGCCCGCCAGAGAAAAAAGCGCUGAGCGCGGCAACUAACUCUCGGUUUGGAAAAAAGAUGGUCAAAAACUCCAGCGGCAUAAGGAGCGGGGAGGGGGAGGGGAGAAAUCCUCCAAAAAGGGCUUUGCACAGGACGGGAUGGACAGUGCGCCCCGGGACUCGCCCGCGUCAGCGUGUGGAUGACGCGGAUCCGGGCUUCUCCGCUUGCGAAAAGCUUCUCCUGGUCUUGCCCAUCUUUCCCCUUCCUUCGUACCGUUCGCGACGGCGAGUAGAACUGUGGGGAGUUUUCUGUAGACACCGCUUUACCUGCCUAUUUUGUGUGUGUGUGCGCGCGCGCUGCAGAUUUUAGCACAGGGAUUUGGGACACUUGGGCAUAAUAAUAGCAAUAUUUAACAAUUUAUUCAGAUAAAACUAAUAUUAAUUUAUUUAAUUAAAAAGAACUCGACCAACGGUUUUGGAACUAUUCUGCAAUUAAAGUAGAUAGCUGGCUUUCUUUGUGGAAUAAUUUUGUAGGAACAGCAAGGAAAAACUGGAGCUGUAUAUAUUAUUCUUAACUAGGAUGUUUCUGUUAGUUGGACUUGCAGGAUAUGUUCUACAGUACUAGAUGUUUAAGUACAAAAGCUGGCAUCUUUAUAUAUAUAUGUACAUACACAAACACACACUGUUGGUUUUGGGGGUUUUUUUGGUUUUGUUUUGGUUUUUUUUGUUUUGUUUUGUUGGGGUUUUUUUUUUGGUUUUGUUUUGGUUUGUGUUUUUUUUUCCUGUUUGCUGCUAGUUGUCUGGAACAAAAGUCAAGCGGUAGGGGUUGCAAAUCUUUACCAGGUUGGUUUGUUGGGUUUUUUUCUUCCAUUAAAGAAAGAAGCGUUAAUAAAAUCCUGUUUGGAAUAUGCCUAAAAAUAAGAAAAUCCAGACAAACUUCCAUCUUUUGGAAAAAUCAACCAUAGGAUAAGAGAGUAUAUUUUGUAAGAGACUAUUUUUAUAUAAAUAUUUUAUUUAUACUACGUCUGCUUGUUCAACCUGUACUUUUUCUCAAAACAGGCAUACAAUUUGUAAUUCUUAGGCUAUUUAACAGAGAAAGGGUGAUUAGUUUGUGGACACAAGAGCAGCAAGCUGGACACAUUCAGCUGCAAUGGGUGGAUGUGUCAGAAAGCGGAAUGAACUUUCUCUCCGGAUGUGUGUACAAACUGGCGCUUUUCCUGCAGCCCGAUUUGCAGAAUAUGCAAAACAAGAACAGGGUAUGUAGCAUCAAUUUUGUCACAUGGCUUGAAUUCAUGAUUGGUAUUAACUGGAUGCUCAUUUACCCCAUUCAAGAAAAAAAAAAAAAAAAAAAUCCGAAUUAGCUUCCCACAUGCGUCAGUCAUUAAACUGUGGCGUUACGACUAGCAAAUGUGCUGUGUGUGCUGUCAGUUAAACCUCUAUAUUGUGUUACUGUCAAAUUUGAUUUCAGUCAGUGCAAGACUGUAGACUAUGACUGUAAAAACUAUCAUGACACACAUCGUCUGAUUCUCAGAGACAGGAUACAAAGCUUACUUUUUGUCCAGCUCUUUUUGGCGUUUACGUUAUUCCUUCCCCCCGAAAGGCCAGAGAGCUCAAAAAUCCAGAAAACCAUCUAGGCAAACGUAAAGACCGCUCACUUGUUUUUCAGAGCCCGGCAAAGCCAUUUCGCGUUCCCUUUUCGAGAUUUCCUUUUUAUCGCUGCUCCUUUCUUCAGCUGUUUGAGUGGUAAAUGUUUCCCUGGUUUUGGAAUCACCCUGUUCCUCGUGCUCGAUUCAUUCGUGACUGAUAAAAAAAAAAAAAAAUCCAGCUUUUAUCUUGUUUUGCAUCGGGUAAGGAACACGGCCCAGCGCUAGCGAUGGUACUGCAUGUUCUGUCUGGGCCAGACCAGGUUCUUCCCUACUGCGGGACCUCACGCCAUUGUCGAGGCUGAGAGGGGCACCAAUAAAGGAAACAAAACCACCAUCCCCAGGCUGUGCCUUUCCCUGACUCCUCUUGAUAACAGCAAGCGUUAACACGGCGCAGAUGAUACAGAUACAUCUUGCGGCCGUUGAUAUUUCCCAGGCCAAACUCCCCCCUUAGACGGCGAAAACAGAGAAAGUUUUACGAGGAAGUAAGCAGAAGUAUCACAAAAGAUGUCGCCAAGUUUCGUUGUACCAACUUCACCUUUUAGAACUUGCCGGAAUGUGGCAGGGUAAUUUUUUUUUUUUUUUAACUCACUCCUUGUAUAUGCGUUAUUUCUGGAAGAACGCAAGCCCGUGCGGUACCUGAUCCUAGCCAUGUAUAAUUAGCAUUAAAUGCACGGUUUCUCUGCAGACCUGCCACUUAGCACAAAAUAGAAUUUUUAUGCAAUUCAGACACCGGCACGAGAUAUCAAAGUAAACCCAUUAGCAUAAUUUACUUUCAAACUUACGACUUGUCAAUAUAAAAGCGAUUUUGGGGGGGUAACCGAGCCACUGCUUUUAGUUCUUCUAAAUUCCACACGUCACGAAUUGAUGAGACAUAAAAAGCAACGAAGUACACACAGUACGGACGUUAAUUACAGCACUAUAUUAUGAUCAAAUAAUUCAGGUCUAACGUUUAAUUUUGGAAUUUUCCCCCCCAAGUUUGUAUUGGUUUUUUACUUAGCGGAUACCAUAUGAUAGUCAAAAGUGUGCUUUCUUCACUGAUUAGAGUUAUUUUACAAAUUAUUACUUUUGCAGCAUGUUUUUGCCAUAGAAAAGUAAUCUGUAAGACUCCUGCUUCCUGUAUGUUUCAGUAUGCAGUGAUGGGCAAUGUACAGCUAGCAGAUUAAAUAUUGAAGGACAAAUAUCUUUGAACAGUUUUACUCACCAUAAUAAAGAACUGGAUGCGCAAUGAAAUGAAUUUGGUACACAUCUUCCCUAUAUUUUACAAUAUCGCUGGUGAGCAGUGCAUUAAUUAAAGUGCUGCUUUGUUCGAUAACUGGAAUAUCAGUUCAGGAACUUUGAAUUAAAGAGCAAGGAAAACCAAAUGCUGCAUUCAACUGGAGAGUACCUGGAAAUCCGGCCGUGUCAUUAUAGAUAGGAGAAAUCUGGCCCGUCCGAAUCUGCCGUGAGUCUGGAGUUAAUUGGUCGUUCUCUAAAUGGGCUUGAAUGGCACGAAGAAUAAACAGGGGAAGGAGCAAGAUUUACGAUUUUGUGGAUAUUCCUCCCCCCGCCCCCGACAACAGUUUGUUCUUUGUCCGCAGGGAUAGAAGAGCUCUGUUGUUAGUUGGUGAAGAACCACACAACGGGAGUGAAACGCACACAAGCGCAGAACAAUACAGCUCUCAACGGCAAAUACAUCUUUUCAUCUCUGCUAACCCAGGGAAGCGCUCGACGGCUGUCCGCGUUAAUAACCUAGCCGAGGCGCUUAAAGAAAACAUACAUCCAAGAAGCAGGAAGAGUACGAGGAGCAGGAAGCGUAAGAGAACAAGCGUUGCGAGCUGGGGAAUUAUUAUUCAUGAAAUCUCCCUUCCUUAUUUGAUAGCGGAGCCUCGAUUCAUGGAAACGAAGCCGUUCUGCCUUGGGAUUCCUAAGCAGGUUUGAAGGAGUUUCCCUCUCGACCUUUUCAAAAGGACAACUAUCCUGAACACAAUUAGCUUGCAUACUCAAAAGUACCUACAUAAAACAUGAAUCGGUCAAUGAUUAAGUUUUCUUUGCCAUGUAUGCGCAAACCUAAUGGAGAUAUGUCUUUCAACAGUGGUAAUUAAACUGAAAACAUCCUUAAAAUGUGCUCUUAAGCGGCUCAUUUGGUGAAGUUAUUGUAAGGGUGCCUAGUUACUUAGGAAAGGAAAAUAGUGGACACGUACCAUAUUACACAAGGCUCUUAAUGAACUAUCUUGGGGAUUACAAAACUGUUUUUAACUGACCACACUUAAACAUCAGUUUGUUGAAUACAGAAGCGUCACAGACUGCCGUCAGGGCGCACAUAUUCAAAUUAAGAUUCAGCAUAAGUAUUUCUGACAACCUUUUUACAUUCAUCACUGUAACAGAUACCAGGAAACACGCACCGUGAACGUCCACAACGAGCGUAUUAACUAAUCCAGCCCAGCGCCCCCAGCUUAACACCACCCGCAGCAGCAGCUCCCCAACUCCGCUGUGGGUAGGCCGACACCGCGGCCGCAGCGACUGACGCGCCUCGACGGGGCUGGACAAAUCUGACCGACACUGUUGCUGUCAACCGACAGGGGUACGGUCCCAGUCAGGCCUGAGCGUUCCAAAACCGUCCAAAAUUGAACCGAGUACAGGAAUUUUAUCACACGGCAGCACUUCAGAUGAUGAAGCUCGUUUCGAUUCCAAAACACUCUCCCUUAAUUCAUGGUUAUCUCAGAUCGUUGUCACCACGGCAAUGACCUAAAUUUCUAACCCAAUUCACGUUCUUCUGGUUAGAAAUCAUACCAAUAAUUCCUCAAAGGCGGGAUUUUAAUCUGGAACACAAAUUAAGGGCAUCCUUCCUCUGAAAACAAACACUUAAUGACAUACGAUUAAGUCAAAGUGAUGAAGAGAUGCAGUUGGAUGUAAAGGACUCCGGGUGUUUGAAGAAGGCUCUCAGAACUUUGUGAUACCAGAGGUAACGCUAUAAACCCCUAAAGGCUCCUUUUGAUACUUUGGAGUUGUAGGAAAUUACUGAAUUUUCCAUUUUGUUGCUAUUACACAAUUAUAGAUCCAUCAAUAGCACAUAUGAUGUACUUUUCAAUUGCGAGGUCAGAAGCAAGUCGCAGAGAAAUCACAUUUCUAAGUGUAGCACACUGUAUGUACUACUGGUGCUCUCGGCUUCCUGUAACUCCUUACCUUGAUCUCCUGUUUUUGUUAGCAAAGUCACCGCAUCACACUCUUGGUAGGAAAGAUGCCUCCUUUGUAAACAGGUUUGUCAUCUCUGGGAGAAGAUGAGACUGUAUUUACUGGAGAGAAAAGUUUCCAGGGUUGUGUGUGUACAAAAAAAAACCCCAAAAACGAGGUAAAGAGGAUGAUAUCAAAAUUGCAUCACUUACCUACGAUUAUUAACAGGUAGCCAAACUCUUAGCAGAAAACGUAACCCUCAUUUUUGUGUUUCCUACACUGGUUUGCAUCCUUUCCCUAUACCCCCAAAAUACACGUUGUAUAUAUCAUC